AUGGAAUUACUUGUAUUCCUAAACCAGGGUACAAGGUUCAGGAUCUUGUACCGAUUAUUGAAGAGGUUGGACCUUCAACAAAGUAGUCCUCCAUUGCGGAACCAACAAUGUGCUGAGCGAGGAUGCAGAGACCUUGAAGAGCGUAAAUUAAUAUGCUACACUGAUGGUGUCAGGCAUCCAACCAAGGAAAAUGAAUGGCUACCGCUGCGAAACAUCUGGCCAGCGUGUUGCUGGGAUGAAUGCCAAGUCAGCUUGCGUAAACGACAUGCUGCGACAGUGUUUGCCAAACAUUUAGGUGGUGUAGGAUCUCGGGCAAGAGGGGACUGCCCCCAACCUCACUCAAGACAGGCCAAGGGCAUCCAUCCCAGUCCAGGCAGGGGAAUAAGGGGUUGUGAAGGACGCAUCCUGUAAGGGUUAGUUUAUUGGUGUAUUGCUAACAAAAUUUUAUUUUUCAUCAUAAAUACUUUAUUAUUAUACUGU